AUGGGAGACGUCUUGCUCCAGUUCUUUCGCACCACUCUGCCAGAUGAACUGGCAGCUGUUCUCCAGGAUGUGCUUAAGGCGACAGAAACUGCCGACUUCCUCACACUUAGACACCAGGACAACGAUGCGACCAAGAACGUCAAGCGAGAAAACUUUACGCUUUGGAGCGACUAUGUCUUCCACCGACUCGGCCUACUAUUUCCGUUCCGGACUGAAGAUGAGCAAACGCCGAUCAAGGAAACAUUGCAAUACCGAGUGCAUCUACUUUGGGCCGUUGCCGUCGCAUCACUGAACGCCUUUGUACAAUCGACUGUCACUGGGCCGCCACUCUCUUACAAACCUGUUGAAGUUCUGUUUACUAAGGAUGUAUCCGGAGAUCCCACCGCCGUUCGCAAGAUCCAGCAAGAUUUGAUCGCAUCAUUGAGCUUAGAUGGUAUUGCAGCAUACAAGCUUACGCCGAAUAUCGAGCUUCUGUGUCUCGCAGAUAUUAUCUUGAUCAACCCGGUCUUCCGGAAGUUCAUCGAGCUCUCAGCAUGGGCACGCUUGAGGGUGAGCUUCACAUACCAGAGGUUGCUCAGUGAGCCUGCGCCGAGCUUGCAGACUGCGAUAUACGACUAUCUAAAAGAUGUUGAGAGGCUUGUCAAGGAAUCUGAGAAGGCUCAGGGUAUCCAAGAUCUUCACUCGAGCUUCCUUCUGGAGAGAGCAGCUGUACACACGCAUCAUGGCUUAGACAAGCAAGCAAGAGCUGAUCUGGACCUAGCGACCGCGGAGCGCAAGUUUGAAUUUGCGUUGACCGGUUUGAUGGGAAAGAGGACGAAAUUCCAGCAGAAAGACACAAGUCAAUUGCUUGUGCUUGCUCGAAGUGCAGGAACAGAGUCGAAGGCAACUGCUACAGAGGCAUCAGGACCCAAAGCUCUGGAGCUCAACGACGACACACUCCACGAGACGAUCCAGUUCACAGAGAAGAUUGCAUCAAUGGAUAUUAAAGACGAAUCCAAGCUCCCACCCAGCCUUGCAAAUCUAGACCCUGCGAACCAGCCUCUUUUGGAGCCUUUGGACUCGGUGAUAUUGCUUUCGCUGGCCGAGAGCAUCAAGAACACCAAUCCGGCUGACGGCAUCACGAGAGAGCAGACGAUACCGUACGCUGAGCGUGUAUUGGAGGGCGGUAGCUCGAAUUGGCAGGUCUACACACAUGCUUUGCUCGUUCGCAGUAGGAUCGAGGGCUACAAGACAAGGACCAUGGAACGUGGACUUUUGCAACUCCAGGCUCUUGUCGAUCAAAUCAUUGCAGAAACAUCUGGCGAGGCAACAUCGAACGCAGAGACGGGCGAAAAGGUUACUGCUUUCCUGCCUGGCGCGAAGGAGGGAGAGUCAGCGCCUGUAGAAGACCGACUGCGCUACAUCUUUGCGCUCUGCUCGCCAUCACGAUGGGAGCUUGAGGCUGAGUUGGCUGCCCGCUGGGUGCACAUCGGUGGUCUGAGAUCGGCGCUCGACAUUUACGAGCGUUUGGAGAUGUGGGCCGAAGCAGCACUCUGCUACGCAGCAACCGAGAAAGAAGACAAAGCGCGCCGCAUGAUUCGAAGACAACUCUUCCACGCCACAAAUGGCAACGACUCAACCGCAGACCCCGACUCAGAAACAUGGGAAGGCGCACCUCGCGAUCCACCACCUGCCGAAGCGCCACGCUUCUAUUGCAUCCUCGGCGAUCUUGACAAUGAUCUAACCAUGUACGAAAAGGCAUGGGAGGUAUCCGGUAAGCGCUACGCCCGCGCCCAGCGCUCCCUUGGUCAACGCUACAUUGUCCAACGCGACUACGAGAAAGCUGCAGAAGCAUACCGACUCGCCAUCAAAUGCAACGCACUCAACCACCCCGCCUGGUUUGCUCUAGGAUGUGCCUGCCUCGAACUCCAGCAAUUCAAGAACGCCGUCGAGGCAUUCAGCCGCUGCGUCCAACUCGACGAGACAGACGCAGAAGCAUGGUCCAACAUGGCCGCCUCCCUCCUACACUUACGCCCCAAGACCAAAACGCCCGAAGAUGAGGCUGUGGAGGGCAAGGUGACGAGUCAUCCAAGAACAGAUGCGUUGAAGGCUUUUAAGCGUGCUGCUACGCUUAAGCACGACAACCACCGCAUAUGGUCCAACGUUCUCGCUGUCGCCGCAUCCACAACCCCACCCAGCUACGCUGACAUAAUCACCUCGCAGCGCCGGAUCUGCGAGUUGCGCGGAUCGACCGACGGGGAGAAGUGCGUGGACGCCGAGAUCCUAGACCUCUUAAUCAAGCACCUCGUGCAAUCGGCGCCAGACACAGGUCUCGAUUUAACUGCACCGGGGCUGCCGCGCCUGGUGAAUGAGCUGGUCGAAAAGCACGUUAAGCCUCUCAUCACUUUUUCGCCCAAGUUGUGGGCCGUGCUGGCGACGCUGUACAUGCACUCCGGACGCCCGACGAGUGCGCUCGAGUGCCAUGAGAAAGCGUGGCGCGCGGUUACGAGCCAGCCGAAGUGGGAGGAUCAGGAUGAGAAGGUGUGGGAUGCCGUUGUGCAACAGACUGUCGAUCUUGUUGACGCCUACGAGACGUUGGGGCCGAGGGAGAGGACCGAGGGAUUGGCGGCGGGGAGUGGCGAGCUGGUGGCGAAGGACUGGAAGUUCAAGGCGCGCAGUGCAAUUCGGAGCCAAGCAGGCCUAGACAAUAGUAGAGAGCGUACUUAUGAUCAGCUCUUCUAA